AUGGUUGAAUGCACUCUAGAUACUCAAGUUCGCCCAUUUUUGGUAGAUAGAAGGCAUGGACCAGCAUAUGAAGAGUCAGUAAAUGCUCUGACAACUGAUGGGACGUCGUGGUCUGCACUCAUCAUUGACUUUAUCAGAGAAAGGAAAUAUCUUACCAAUUCCACUGCCAGUGAACAAAAGAGGUUGCAGAAGCACGCCACACAGUUUGUACUUCAAGGCGGCCUGCUAUACAAGGGUCCUACGAUGCUCCAUUUGUUAAAUGCUCCUUGGCCAUUUUCAACAUGGGGCAUUGAUAUAAUUGGGAAAGUCACGCCAAAGGCAUCCAAUGGACAUGAAUUCAUCUUUAUGACCAUAGACUAUUUCACCAAAUGGGUGGAAGCACAGUCUUAUGCUGUCUUGAUAGCUACAAAGGUAGCAAAGUUCAUCAAAGAGAAUAUUAUAUGUAGAUAUGGAGUGCCACAUGCCCUUAUAUCCGAUCAAGGAGCACAUUUUUGGGGAAAAGCAGACAAGUUUUGCGCCAACUUUGGUAUCCAAAGGCAUCAGUCUACGACUUAUAAACCACAGACUAAUGGAGCAGUGGAAGCAGCCAACAAGAAUGUCAAAGUCAUUGCAAAAAAUGGCUGA